AUGCUAAAAAUUAUUUUAAAAAGCUUAUAUUUUUUAUAUUAAUAAUUUUGCUAUUACAAUUGCUCAGGAUAGUAUACAGAAGAAUAUUUUUAGUCUCUAAAGGAUUUUAUAAAAGUGAAUUUUGCUCAUCAUUAGAGCAAUUAUCUGUAAAUUUUACAAAUGAUUGAUUUGAAAUAAAAAAAUAACAAUAUUAACUAUUUUUUCCAAAAAUGCAAAGUAAACGAUAAGAUCAAAUAUAUUAAAAAGUACUUUGACGCUGAAAACAAAAGACUAUUAAAGACUGUUGACAGAUAAAGCAAGCUUCUUGUUGAAAAACAACAUUCAAUUUGCUCAAACACACUAGAUUAUUACUCAAAAAGACUAGUUUAUUGA